AUGGAUCCCAUCACGGAUCCCAUCGCUGAUCCCGCUAUUGAUCCCAUUACGGAUCCCGUUAUUGAUCCCGUCUCUGAUCCAGUCUUUGCUCUCGUUAUUGAUCCCAUCACUGAUCCUGUUAUUGAUCCCAUUAUCGAUCCCAUUGUUGAUCCCAUCACUGAUCCUGUCACUGAUCCCGUUAUCGAUCCCGUCAAUGAUCCCAUUAUUCCCCCACCCCCCGUUAACCCUUUCCCCGCUGCCCCAGGCGAGUACAUCAAGACCUGGCGGCCCCGUUACUUCCUCCUCAAGAGCGACGGUUCCUUCGUCGGCUACAAGGAGCGGCCGGAGAGCUCCGAGCACGGCCUCCCCCCCCUCAACAACUUCUCCGUGGCCGAGUGCCAGCUGAUGAGGACGGAGCGGCCGCGCCCCAACACCUUCGUCAUCCGCUGCCUGCAGUGGACCACGGUCAUCGAGAGGACGUUCCACGUGGACACGCCCCAGGAGCGCGAGGAGUGGAUCCAGGCCAUCCAGGCCGUGGCCAACAGCCUCAAGAGCCGCGAGCCGGCCCCGGAGCCGCCGGAGCUGAGGGGAUCCCCCGGGGACGGCGAGGACGCCGGGAGGGCCCGCAGCAAGGCCGUGAGCAACCCCGAAAACACCCCGAAAACCAGCCAAAAUAUCCGCCCAAAAACACCCUGAAAUCCCUAAAAAAAC